GCCACAACAAUACUAAUGGCGGCGAUCGGUGCUUUCAGGUUGCCUUCUUCUGCUACUUCAAAUGCUUCUUCUAUUUGCUCCGGCCAUAAAUCCCCCGUUCCUCAGAGCUUGUCAUUCUCGGCUUCCACUCUUUCCGGUGAUAAGCUCGUUUCAAAACAGACUGUCGGUUCCCGCGGAACGAGAAGAACUCCGUCAAUCGUUUCACCGAAAGCGGUUUCAGAUUCCAAGAACUCACAGACGUGCCUUGACCCCGAUGCUAGUCGAAGUGUUUUGGGGAUUAUUUUGGGAGGUGGAGCAGGGACGAGGCUUUACCCACUAACAAAGAAGAGAGCUAAGCCGGCUGUUCCAUUAGGAGCAAAUUAUAGGCUAAUCGAUAUUCCUGUUAGUAAUUGCUUGAACAGUAACAUAUCCAAAAUCUACGUUCUGACUCAAUUCAACUCUGCUUCUCUGAACCGUCACCUUUCCCGCGCAUAUGCUAGUAACAUGGGUGGUUACAAGAACGAAGGGUUCGUCGAGGUUCUUGCUGCUCAGCAGAGUCCGGAAAACCCGAACUGGUUCCAGGGGACAGCGGAUGCGGUGAGGCAAUAUUUGUGGUUGUUUGAAGAGCAUAAUGUUUUGGAAUUCUUGGUUCUUGCCGGAGACCAUUUAUACAGAAUGGACUAUGAAAGGUUCAUUCAGGCGCACAGAGAGACUGAUGCUGAUAUUACUGUAGCUGCAUUACCGAUGGAUGAACAACGUGCUACUGCUUUUGGUCUGAUGAAGAUCGAUGAAGAAGGACGUAUUAUUGAAUUCGCCGAGAAACCCAAGGGCGACCAACUAAAAGCUAUGAAGGUUGAUACGACAAUUUUAGGACUUGAUGAUGAAAGAGCAAAAGAAAGGCCAUACAUUGCUAGUAUGGGCAUUUAUGUUGUCAGUAAAGAUGUGAUGUUGAAUAUCCUUCGAGACACGUUUCCGGGUGCCAAUGAUUUUGGAAGUGAAGUCAUUCCAGGUGCUACUUCAAUUGGAUUGAGGGUACAAGCUUACUUGUAUGACGGCUACUGGGAGGACAUUGGUACCAUUGAGGCGUUUUACAAUGCAAAUCUGGGAAUUACCAAAAAGCCAAUUCCGGAUUUCACCUUCUAUGACCGUUCGUCUCCGAUCUACACCCAGCCUCGGUAUUUGCCACCAUCCAAAAUGCUUGAUGCUGAUGUUACGGAUAGUGUUAUUGGUGAGGGCUGUGUUAUUAAGAACUGCAAAAUUCACCAUUCUGUCGUUGGUCUUCGAUCUUGCAUUUCCGAGGGUGCAAUCAUAGAAGAUACCUUACUGAUGGGAGCAGAUUAUUAUGAGACUGAUGCAGACCGGAGGUUUUUAUACGCAAAGGGCAGUGUUCCAAUUGGUAUCGGAAAGAACUCGCAUAUCAAGAGAGCCAUUAUUGACAAGAAUGCUCGAAUUGGAGACAAUGUGAAGAUCAUCAACAGUGACAACGUGCAAGAAACUGCAAGGGAAACAGAUGGAUAUUUCAUUAAGAGUGGGAUUGUGACAGUCAUCAAGGAUGCCAUGAUUCCUAGUGGAACUGUAAUCUGAUUGCAAAGCAGGGGUAGUGUUGUUUGGGAAAGUGAUCCAAUACCAAACUACUCCCACUUGACCCCUCACGUUGAAUGCCUUUCUCUUCUAAUAUGAUGUAAUAUAAUAUAUGAAAUCAUGAGACAUGAAAUAAUGUCGUAAAGGUCAUGUUGAGCUUAAAUAAAGACUAUUGUCAAUCAUUGUUUGCCAUGUCAA